AUGGCAGCUGCCAAUUGCAGCCGUACCCUCUCCUGGACGUUCUACCUCUCGGGUAUCCCUGGAUAUGAGGACUUCCACCCCUGGAUCUCCCUCCCGUUCUGCCUCCUCUACCUCGCAGGGGUCGUGGGCAACUGUACCAUCCUGCAUGUUGUCCGGACCGACGCCCGACUCCACGAGCCCAUGUGCUACUUCUUGGCCAUGCUCUCCCUCACGGACACGGGCAUGUCCUUGCCCACGGUGCCGUCCCUCUUCAGGGUGCUGUGGUUCAGGUCCAGGGAGAUCCAGUUCAGUAGCUGUGUGGUCCAAAUGUUUCUCCUUCAUACUUUCUCCUUCACUGAGUCCUCUGUGCUCCUGGCCAUGGCUCUUGACCGGUAUGUGGCCAUCUGCCACCCUCUACGACAUGCUACCCUCCUCACUCCGGCUCUCAUCGCUGAGACGGGCAUCGCAGCCCUGCUGAGGAGUGCCGUUGCCACGCUCCCCCUUCUGGCCCGACGGGCCUUCUUUCCCUUUUGCGGCUCCCACGUCCUCUCUCAUCCCUAUUGUCUGCACCAGGACAUGAUCCGCCUCGCCUGUGCUGACACCAGGUUUAAUGUUAUAUAUGGGCUGGUUCUGAUCACGGCGCUGUGGGGCCUGGACUCUCUGGGUAUUUUCGUGUCUUAUGUGUUCAUCCUUCGUUCCGUAUUAGGCAUCUCAUCCCCGGCGGGGAGGUGUAAGGCCCUCAACACCUGCGUGUCCCACAUCUGUGCUGUGCUUAUCCUCUACGUGCCCAUGAUUGGGCUGUCUGUUGUCCAUCGUUUUGCCACCCAGUCACCCCCCCUCAUGCACAUCUUCAUGGCUCAUAUCUACCUGUUGGUCCCACCUGUGCUCAAUCCAGUCAUCUACAGUGUGAAGACCAAGCAGAUCCGCCAAGGAGUUCUCCGCCUGCUUUUCCCCCCCAAAAUCGGUUCUGCCGUGAUGUAG